AUGACUAAGCUUACAGGGAAGGAGGUUCCAUUUGUGUGGUCACUGGAGUGUGAGGCGAGUUUUGCAAGCCUGAAGCAGAUGUUGACUACCACGCCUGUGUUAGCACUGCCUAAGCAGAACGAGCCUUAUGUUAUAGCCUAUGCUUCUGGAGUGGGGUUGGGUUGUGUUCUUAUGCAGCAGGAGAAGGUUAUAGCCUAUGCUUCGCGGCAGUUGUGGAAGCACGAGACUAAUUAUCCUACUCAUGAUUUGGAGAUGGCAACAGUGAUAUUUGCUCUGAAGAUUUGGAGGUCUUAUUUGUAUGGCAGGAAGAUGUCACGUCAAGGAUCUGAAAGAUCGAGGUCGACGUAUCGUUCGCCGGACACAGGGAGGGGUUCAAGUCAGCAGUUUGGUCCGGAGGAAUGGGAUUCGCAGUUUGAUGAUGCUCAAAGGGAAGAGUCGUUCUCGGAUGUUUAUGGGCCGGAUAUGUUUGUGCCAAAUAGGAAUGUACCUGGCGCGACGUUAGGAUACACACCAUUAAGUUCGAAUCAUUUUAGUGCAUCGGAGGGCAUGUACCCGCCAGGAUUUUCGCCGUUUGGACCGUACGCCGCUUAUCCAACUCAGAACAUGCCAGGUGUAAAUCAAGCGCAUGGAGAAGGACCAAGUGAGCAGAAUGUGCCGGAGACCCAGCAGACACUUAAGAUGGUCCAAGAUCUCUUGAACCAUAUGAUCCAGCAGCAGCAGCAGGAUCAAGCAAAUCGUGCAGCCGAAGAUCCAUCCGACCAGUUUCUUAAGCGGGUGAUGUUGUUACGGAACUUAGGAUUCCGUAAAUUCAAAGGAGAUCCGAAUGUCGUAUUAGCAGACGCUUGGAUAAAAGACCUGGAAAGUAAUUUCGAGUUGACAAGGUGUCCAGAGGAGUUUAAGAGGCCAGUAGCGGUUAAUUUCUUGGAGGAAGAUGCUCGUGCAUGGUGGGAUACCGUAGUUCCUCGUUACCGGUUUCAGACCGUAACAUGGGGAAUCUUUAAGAAAGAGUUCGAGCUGAAGUACUUUCCACCAGAGUCGCGUGACCGGUUGGAGAGUCAGUUUUUACAAUUGGAACAGCGUGAAAUGACCGUUCGAGCAUAUGGGAGAAUUUUUACAAGACUUUGGAGGUACCUGUACCAAGGAAAUGACGACGAGUUAGCGAUGGCCCGAAGGUACUUUAACGGGCUUAGGCUAGAUAUUCAAGGAAGGUUGCACGCUGUGACUUACCGCAGUGUCGAGGAAGUGGAAGAGAGGGCGGUAAGUGUUGAGGAAGCAAUCGAGAAAGAAAAGGAGAUUGCAGCUCGGGAUAGAAAGAAGGAACCCGUCCAGCAAACUAAGGUUGUGAACACCCGAAAGGUGAAUCAAAUAGCAGGACGGAAUUGGAGCGCAGGCCGCAGGAAGGUCAAGAUGAACGUUAACCAAGGUGGUAGUAAGGUGAGCAACAUGGAUCCGAGGGGAUGCUAUGUGUGCGGGAAAGUGGGGCAUUUCGCUCGCGCUUGUCCGACUGUCGAGGAAACGAAGAGCAAUAACUUGUCAACCGUCACAUGUUUCUACUAUGGCGAGUUGGGACAUUACGCGAACUCAUGUCCGUCGAAGCCGGCCAAACCGAACACCCAAACUGUGAACCGUGCCCAGAUAGCGAACCAAGUGAAGGAACCCCCAGCGAAGAAGCAAGCAACCCCAGCAAAUGUUUUUGGUUUAGGAAUAGAGCCACCCAAACCUCCACAGGCCGCGAAGGGCCCUAUAACAGGAACAUUACUUGUUGGUGGUAACCCCACACAUGUACUGUUCGAUUCGGGAGCGUCCAAUAGUUUUGUGACACCCGAAGUGGUUGACAAGUUGGGACACUUGUGUGAGGAGGAAGAGGUGAACAUUAAUGUCUACACUGCGGGUAAUCAGCCGCCGUUGAGGACAACAAGAUGGGUCAAGGAAGUGUCGAUAGUCUUGCAAGAUACGAACCUCCCGGUAAAUCCUUUGGUGAUGCCAUUGGAAAGGUUCGAUGCUAUUUUGGGAAUGGAUUGGUUAUCGGAACACCAAGCCCAUAUAGACUGCAGCAGAAGCAGAGUUAUAUUUGAAAAUGGAGGGAGGACCCCUCUAGCUUUCAAUGGGAUCAGCCCAAGUAAAACGGCAUACUUCGCAUCGGCAGCAAGGAUUAGAAGAGUGAGUGAGGAAGAUGAAGUUUAUUUAGUCACUCUAACCGCGAUGGGAGGAGAUGACAGAGAAGGCAUGGAAGUUGAGGAUAUUGCCAUAGUCAAGGACUUUGGAGACGUAUUUAGGCCAUUGGAAGGAUUGCCUCCACCUAGGAGCCAUCCGCUUACCAUAAAUUUGGAACCGGGAGCUACCCCAAUUGCUAAGGCACCGUAUCGCAUGGCGCCAGCCGAGUUGGCUGAACUCAAGACUCAGUUGGAGGACUUGUUAGAGAAGGGUUUUAUAAGACCAAGUUCGUCGCCAUGGGGAGCCCCAGUGCUGUUCGUCAAGAAGAAGGACGGAAGCAUGCGAUUAUGUAUUGAUUACCGAUGUAUCAAUAACAUAACUAUAAAGGACAAGUAUCCUUUGCCAAGGAUCGAUGAGCUGUUGGACCAGCUAAGAGGAGCAAGUUGGUUUUUGAAGAUUGAUCUAGCCUCCGACUAUCAUCAAAUCUCGAUUGCGGAACAAGAUGUGAUGAAGACGGCGUUUCAAACGAGAUAUGGCCAGUACGAGUUCGUAGUGAUGCCGUUUGGACUUACCAAUGCACCGGCCGCAUUCAUGCGAUUAAUGAAUGAGGUUUUUCACGAUUAUUUAGAUCGAUUCGUGAUCAUCUUUAUUGAUGAUAUCUUGAUAUACUCAAGAAGUGCGGAGGACCACGCGGAGCAUUUGAGGAAGGCUUUGGAAAGGUUAAGGGAGAUGAAGCUAUUCGCGAAGUUUCGCAAGUGCAAGUUUUGGCAGAGGGAGAUUGGAUUUUUAGGACACCGAGUGUCGGAACAAGGUGUGUCCGCGGAUCCAGAAAAGAUUGCCGCAAUACAGGGUUUGCUGAUGCCAACGACCGCAACGGAAGUAAGGAGUUUCUUAGGCCAGGCAGGUUAUUAUCGGAAGUUCGUAAAGGGGUUUUCGACUAUCGCGAAACCUUUGACACGACUUACCGGGAAAGGAGUACCUUUCAUAUGGAGUGAGGAAGUAGAGGAGGCUUUCAGAAAGUUGAAGGGAGCGCUGACAACCGCACCGGUGUUAGCCCUGCCCGAACAAAACCAACCAUAUUCUGUGUUUACAGACGCAUCAAGAGUUGGAGUUGGAUGUGUUUUGAUGCAAGGGGAUAGGGUGAUUUCCUAUGCAUCUAGACAGCUAAGGAAGCAUGAGGAAAACUACCCCACACACGACCUAGAGUUGGCCGCUGUGGUGUUUGCAUUGAGGACUUGGAGAUCAUAUUUGUAUGGAGAAGCUGUUCAGGUAUUUACAGACCACCAAAGUCUUAAGUACUUGUUCACGCAACCGGAUCUUAAUUUGCGUCAGAGGAGAUGGAUGGAGUUCGUAGCCGAUUACGACUUAAGAAUCCAGUAUCACCCAGGCAAAGCGAACGUAGUAGCGGAUGCGCUAAGCCGAAGAAAAGCACAAGUUGAUGUUGAGAAGGACGUGGAGUCUUUAACUGAGGAAUUGAAGAAGGUAAGGCUUUUAGCCUUGGAGGGAGAAUCUAGUGAGCCGUUGGGUUUACAAGCCGUAACUCAAGCGAGCCUACUACAACGAGUUCGUGAGGAACAACCUAAAGACGAGAAUCUGAAGAAGAUCAUCGAAGAGUUGAAAGGGUUAGAAGGACCAAAUGCUAGUGGAUAUCAUCUAGCGGACGAUGACACUUUACUUCUCAAUGGGAGAGUGACCGUACCAAAUCGGAACGGAUUGCGAGAAGAGAUAUUAGGAGCCGCCCAUAGCUCAGCAUUGAGUAUACAUCCAGGGAGCACCAAGAUGUACAAAGAUGUGCGUAGAUACUAUCAUUGGCCUGGACUGAAGAGAGCAGUAGCAAAAUGGGUUCCAGUGAGGAGCACGGAUCAAGCGCCAGUCUUGGCAGAGAAAUACAUAGACGAGAUUUUGAAGCUCCAUGGAGUGCCAGCGAAUAUUGUUUCGGAUCGUGAUCCAAAGUUUGCGUCAAUAUUCUGGCAAGAUUUACAUAGGGCGUUGGGAACAAAUGUUCAUAUGAGCACCUCGUUUCACCCAGAGACUGACGGGCAGACGGAGAGAACUAUUCGAACCAUAGAGGACAUGAUUCGAUUGUGUGCAUUGGAGUGGUCAUCUGAUUGGGAGAAGAAUUUGCCUUUGGUCGAGUUUGCGUAUAACAAUAGUUAUCACUCGAGCACUGGCAUGUCGCCAUUUGAAGCCUUGUACGGAAGGCCGUGUAGAACGCCUUUAUGUUGGACAGAAGUGGGAGAGCGAACAAGUUUCAACCACAAGUUGAUUGAUGAGACGACAGAAAAGAUCAAGUUUAUUCGAGAGAGCAUGAAGAAGGCUCAAGAUCGCCAAAGGAAGUACGCAGACCGUAAGAGGCGAGAAGUGGAAUUCGAAGUUGGAGACAUGGUGUAUUUGAAGGUUGCACCACAAAAAGGAAAGGAUCGUUUUGGCAAAGUGGGAAAGCUUGCGGUAAGGUUUAUCGGACCGUACCGGAUUGAGAGAAGAGUUGGCGAGGUAGCCUAUCGGUUAUCAAUGCCCGAGGUGAUGCGGUUGCAUAAAGUCUUCCACGUAUCACAACUACGGAAGCAUGUGCCAGAUCCAAGAAUGAUUGUGCCCGAGUCUAUCGAGGAGUUGGAGCCAAAUCUCACAUACCCCGAAGGACCGUUUGGAAUAGGGCAAAGAAGGACCCGGAAGUUGAAGAAUAGGAGUAUUCCUCAAAUUCAAGUGUUCUGGGGAAAACAGAACCGUAAGGUCACCACAUGGGAAGAUGAGGAUAGGAUGCGUGCCAAGUAUCCUCAGUUGUUUGCGGAAGAAGAUGAGGCAAGACCAUCAGAACCCUAUGGAAUUCGGGACGAAUUCUAUUAA